AUGGCUGUUUCUUCCUCGCACAGAACCUCCUCCUUUAAGCCUGAGGAGUAUCCCAGACACACUCUCUCGCUCUUCGACAGACUCUGCUGGGCCUACUACAUCCACUUCCCCUUCUACUUGAUGACCUCUGGUGAAGCCUUUUUCAUCCACUCCUUCAUGCUCUUGUUCUUUUCUCUCAUCAUCUACGGCACCUGUGCCUACUUGCCCUCCUACAUCUUCUACUUUAUCUCCAGAAGCUACUACUACUUGACUGGCAACGACUUCAAAGUCCUAUUCAAAUCGCUCAAUCUCUCUGACCUUUUGUAA